UUAGCCACGCCCCUGAGCAGGCGGUAACCUGGAGGUCGGGUGUUGGUGGAGUGUGAUUGAAAAACAGCAGCACAUACACAUACAGCCAUAUAGAAGAGAGAAACUACGGCAGGACGAGGCGCAGUCCGACCGUCAUUUACUUGAACAUUUUUGACAGGCCGUCUUCUUUUAAAAUGGCGUAUCAUAGUCCAUACAGAGCUUCCAUGCACAUGAACGCGCCUCCGGACCAAGGCUUCCUGUGGAAUAUCUUUCAGAGGGUGGACAAGGACCGGAGUGGAGUAAUAUCAGACUCGGAGCUUCAGCAGGCCCUAUCCAAUGGCACAUGGACUCCCUUUAACCCAGUCACUGUCCGCUCCAUCAUAUCCAUGUUUGACAGGGAAAAUAAAGGUGGCGUGAACUUCAACGAGUUUGCCGGUGUGUGGAAGUACAUCACCGACUGGCAGAACAUCUUCAGGAACUACGACAGGGACAACUCAGGCUUCAUUGACAGGAAUGAGCUGAAACAGGCACUGACUGGAUUUGGUGAGACACAAAGCUAUCGUCUCUCAGAGCAGUUCUACAGCACGUUGAUAGAGAAAUUUGACCGGCAGAGGAAGGGGCAGGUGGCCUUCGACGACUUCAUCCAGUGCUGUAUUGUACUACAGAGGUUGACUGACGUGUUCAGACGGUACGACACAGACCAGGACGGCUGGAUCCAGGUUUCAUAUGAACAGUAUCUUUCCAUGGUCUUCAAUAUAGUAUAACAUACAUGGGUCAACACACAGGAGAGCACAAGUGGACACAACUGUGCCAAAGCAAGCGGCACCUACUGGAUGUCUGCUGCGGUGGACGCUACAAGAUUUUUUUUUUUUUUUUUACAUCAAAAUUUACAAAUGUUUCCACCUCAGGGUUCCUGGGAGUUCCUGAAAUCUUUUGUGGGACAAAAGAAAAGAAAAGGCCUGUGAUUGUAGGAAAAAUGUUUCUUUUGUUUCAUUUGUUGGUAAAUGUUAGUUAAUGUGCAUGGGUUAAACAUUAGUCUCUGACAUUCAGAUAAUGAAACUAUCAGUUUAUUAAAAGAAAAGUCAGCUGUAAUAUUUCUUUAAAAAAAAGUCUGACUUCUUAAUCCUUGAUUUCCUGUGACUUUUCUGUUUGGUGAACUAUUGCAUGCUUAGUCAGAAAAAGGAGAGAAAUAUUGUUGACAAAUCCCUAAAAUAUUCCCAAAGAGGCUUGGGAACCCUGAGAACAGUGAACAGUGUGGUGUGUUUAAAAAAAAUCUUGUAGCUUUUUUUUUUGUUCUUGGACCAAUUGGAACAAUGUCUAUGUCGGAGAUUUGGUUGGGAAUCAUCAUGGACCCAUCUGUUGUUCCUGUCAGUCUGUUAUGUCAACUUUUUAAUGUCUUAACUUUAAUUAGUAAGGUUGAAAAAAAAAACAAUACAAAAGAAAAACUGCUCCGUUGAGAGCACAUGAUGCGAUGUAAAUAUGACUUAGGAUGCAUUGCAUGCUUUUGAGGGAAAUUUCAGUCCCCACUUUGAAGCAUGCUUUCAUUUUAUUUUAUUGUUUACUUUUCCUCAGACCUGUUUUGCUCAAAGCCAUGUUUACAGAAACUGUGAAAGCAGGUGACUUUCUGCUUUGAGAUUCACUGACAUGCCAGCUUACAUGCCAUAUUUGUACAAUCUUAACAAAACAAAUCCACAAAUGUUAACAAUGAUUGGUAGAGGGUAAGCAUAAAGAAGAACUUCUAGCUUAUUUUUUGUGCAUGAUGCCUUAAACAUGUUUAAAAAAAGACACAGAAAAUUAAUCUUUUAUUAAAAAAGAAAGACAA